CUGUCAGAGAUGUUGUUUUGGCUUCUCUUAAUUGGACAUGCUCUAACCAACGACGUUGGAGCUUUUAAUAUGAAAUGGAUUGAUAUAGACAAGUGUCAAUCUAAUGAAUGGGUUGCCCGAAACUACAUAGUCUUUUUAUGCAACUCUACGUUCGCGAGAGGCGCGGUGAUAAGAAGAGAAUUGAAGCCGAUAGCAUGUGAUCCCACGAAUGGCUUAGCUGCUCGUAAUAAGGUGUCACCUGUGUUCAUCGGCCAAGAAUACAAAGGUGAUGACGGUUUUGUUUACGAAUGUAAAAAAGACAUCGAUGGAUCUGUAACUUUCUCUGCUAAAGAAUGCUUUAUGGAGCAAGAACGUUUUCUUCCGGGUCACUAUGUCAGAGGUUCCUACAACAAUAUGUAUCUCUGCUACAAAGAACUUGACAAAAUCCUCCGAAUUAGGGUAUUCAGGCCCGCUCAUAAUAAAUGUAAUUCGCUGAAGGAAAAUGAUCCCAAUUGCAAGUUGGGAAUAGUUCAGACUGUUAUGAACUCUCGAUAUGGUUCAGCCACUGGGUUUGCUUACAACACCAAGACCAAACUUCCGAUAACAAGGCCUUUCCAUCGUGCGGGAGUUAAACCUAAGACUUCGGUUCUUGAUCUUCGUGCCGAGCGUCCAUCACUUUCACCUCAAGAUUUACUGCAAGCUAUUCAAGGAGAUAAAUUGCCUGAAGAGUUACUAAAUAAGAAGCAGUAG